ACCCCCCCCACCUCUCAACUCCACGACGCAUAACUUCUCCCGCUCCCUCGUUAUCGUCCUCCGCUUAACACCGUAAUCGACCUCUCACCGAUCGACGUCUCAAAAAAAAUCCAAAAAAAAAUCUUCGAUUAAUGGCUCGCGUAAGCAAUGGGCUGGUUGCGACCCUCAAUGUGAUCUCCCUCCUCCUCUCCGUCCCAAUUCUUGGAACUGGAAUCUGGCUCUCCUCCAAAUCCUCUGCUUCUGUUUGUGAGAAAUUCCUCGCUGAUCCUGUCAUCGCUAUUGGGGCUGUUCUUCUUGUUAUCUCCAUCGCUGGUCUCCUCGGUUCCUGCUGCAGGAUCACCUGGCUCCUCUGGGUCUAUCUCUUUGCGAUGUUCCUCCUGAUCGUGCUCAUGAUCUGCUUCACAAUCUUCGCAUUCGUCGUGACGAACAGAGGAGCAGGCGAAGUCGUCUCAGGGAGAGGAUACAAAGAGUACAAGCUGGGAGAUUAUUCACAUUGGUUGCAGAGGAGAGUCAACAAUCCGAAGAAUUGGGUGAAGAUUAGGAGCUGUUUACAGGAAACCAAGGUCUGUCGAACUCUACAGGAGAAGAAUCAUACGCUGAGAGAGUUUCUUAACGAUAUUAAUCUCUCCCCACUUGAGUCUGGCUGCUGCAAGCCUCCAGCAUCGUGCAACUUCACCUACAUAAGCGACACGGUGUGGGAGAAACCCGCAGGAUUCAGCAAAAACUCCUCCAUCGGCCGCAGCACCGGGGACUGCAACGCUUGGGACAGCGAGCAGGGGAGGCUGUGCUUCGACUGCCAGUCUUGCAAGGCCGGCGUCCUCGCCAACCUCAGGAGCGACUGGAAGAAGGUGGCCAUCGUCAACAUUGUGGCGCUCGUGUUUCUUGGUGCCGUUUACUGCUGCGGGUGCUGCGCCUUCAGCAACAACAGGGAGGAUAACGCGCGUCCCUAUAGAUGGAAGGCGUAUCCUUAAUUAAUUAGGAAGUAUUUUAGUUGGUUAAUUUCUUUUGUUUUUUUAUUUUAUUUUAAUUGUUUGAACUUUGAACUUAGUUACUUCGGAUUUGGUAUGUAUAAAUAUUAUUAGUAUGAAUUAUCUUUUCACCUAGCUAGA